CAGGAAGCUGACAGUAGAGCGAGUAGGAGGGGAGGAGGAGCUGACACACAGCAAACAAGCUGGGAGACGCAGUAGCAGCACAUGAAGGAGCGCAGGUUAUCUGACAAGAAAGUUGAAGUUUUUGUUUUGAGAACUGAAAAACAGACAGCAUUUCACAGGAGAAUGUACAUAUGAUGAUAUUGCAGUUGGUCUCUUUAUGGGGAGGCUAAGUCUCCCUGGAGAGUCCUUAUCCUGUGCCUAUGCAGGUUACGGACAGACCUGUGCAGCGCAUGGAACGGACAGGCAGCGUGUGUAAGAGCCAUGGAUAAGUGGGGAUAAGCAAGUGGAGCUACCAUGAAGCAGCCUCCUCUCUGAACCCAUGGGGAGUACAGGACCUGCCGACCGUUGCCCCCUGUUCCUCCUUGCCCUGUCUCUACUACCUCUGCUCAGCCACAGCAAUAAUGGAAAGCAAAUCACCAGGCGCCAGAUUGAGCCUAACUUUGAUUACGCAAUUCGUAGCAAAAUUCUGUUCCCGCAGACCUCAAACCCAAAUCAGACCUGCCCAAUAAAUCUGCCCUCCCAUGCCCUUUCCCUUUCCACUGUGGAACUGUGCCACCCAUUCAAGACAAAUCAAGGCUGCAAGAACUGUAUCCGGGUCGUCAUCUCUGUGAAUUCUACAGGGUUUCCCCGACUUCGAGGGUUUCAUAUAGAAACUCUGCAGAUAAGCAAUAACAAGUACAAGUCCUUCCAGAUACUCCGAAGAAGCAGAGAGGCCCCUGAUGGAAACCUGUGGUUGAUCAAAUACGAUUGUCUGACUGUAACUCCCGGCCAGGAUGUGUCUGUGUCGCUGUCGACAGUUCCUGAUUGUGGUUCAAGGAUCAGCAAGACGCACUACCUGCGCGACAAUAAUGCUAAACCCGACUUCAACUAUACGCACUCACCACAACAACGGGAAAUUGCAGUCUCUUUAUCCAAGGGACCCACUGCAGUUGCACGUCUGUGCUACAAAAGAUUUAUCUGCAACUCCCUGCCAGAAAAUGAAACCCCCACGUUUAACGUAACCAAGAAAGCCAUCCUGAAGUAUCAUUACUUACUGCCCUGCCUGUGCGUUGAGGCAUAUUAUGAUUAUCAGGACAGCCCCAGGAAUCAGAUUUGCCCUUUUGAAAGCCACGAGGAUGCCUAUGGGCCUCAUUUCUGGAACAUAACAUGGUCACACUCCAACAAUCGAAUGCUGAUGACGUUCAAAUCCCUCUGCAUGCUGGAACCUUCCGUCUCCCUCUGCCAGAAGCAAAACGGCACCUGCAACGUUAUCCCCGGUGUUAACAUCACUACAACCGAACUGCUUGAGGAUAACCAAUUUUAUGUCUGGGUUUAUGAAGUUGACAGUGUGGACAAAGACCCCCAUCUGUGUUUUAAGUUUACCGUUAAUAGGCGAAGCCACAUAAGAUGCCCUGAAGCUGCAGACCGUGACUGGAAUGUGAAAGUGGAUAUGGGGCUUUCUCAGGUCCAUCUGACCAUUGUCUCAAGCGUUCCUGCAAGCGUCAGUAUUGCGGAGUGCAGGGGAAACAACAACACAAUCAAAUGUGAUCCUCAAACCACCAUUCCGUUAAGUGAAGCCAAUGAAAUGCAAGUUUUCUCUUCCCUACCAGCCAAGGACAUCUGCUAUAAGGUGUGGCGCUCUGAUGUUCUGUAUUCACAUAGAUAUCUCAUCUGCCCAGAUUAUUCCCAUAAGCACCUGGGACUGAUUUUCUUGGCAUCGUUCCUAUUGGUUUUGGCACUGGUUAUUCUCCUGUACCUGAUCUACCAAAAGAUUAGGAAAAUAUUCACAGCUCCCCUUUGGAGUCGCACAGUGCUGCUGGUAUACUCCCCUGAUUCUGCUGAGUACAAGACUCUCAUUUGUGCUUUUGCUGACUUCUUGCAAAGCAUUCUGGGCUGCGAGGUCAUUCUAGACAUGUGGGAUAUGAACACGGUGAGCCAGCUUGGAACAUUACCUUGGUUCUAUCAAAAAAGGGAUCUGGUGGCCCAGAGAAAAGGCAGCGUCAUCAUCGUUUGGACAAAGAAGAGCAGGCGCAUGUAUGAUCAGUGGACGAGCAGAAAACUGAAUCGUUAUGAUUGGACAGACCCAGUCAACCUGUUCGGAGCAGCUAUGUCCUGUUUGAUGAAGGACUUUGAUGUUGAGGAGGAGAAAGGCAACCUGCAGGACUAUACGGUUGUCUACUUUGAAGGUCUUUGUGAUAAACAUGAUAUUCCGCACAGUAUGAGAAAGAUCAGUAGGUUCCGCCUCUUUAAGGACUUAUACAGGCUGGUCAGUAUACUGCAGGGUAGAACUUGCCUAUCCCCUCCCUGCCUUAUAAAGGGAGCUGCCAAGUAUCUUAUGAGAAGACUGGAGAGAUCAGAAAAAAGCAAAGGCCUUCAGAGACAUGUAGAACUCUACAAGCAGAGACUUCAUGGAAAUGGCAGUUAGCCUGUGUGCUGGCUGAGAGGAGAAGUCAGUUUUAAAUACCAAUGGAGCAUCACUGCUGUUCUGAUAUCGGCAAACAUUGAUUUCCACCUGUUUUUUGGGCAGCUCUUUCUCUCUCUGCCCUGUGGUCCAAAAUUGACUUUACCUUAAGCUUUUUUUGAUGACCCUCUCAAGUAUGGUUGCCUUGGUUUAUACAGAUAGUCCUACAACCACCAUUGGUAUUUCUUAGCCUCAUGGUGUUUCUUAUUAGCCAUUUAGGUCAUAUCCAGUCCAGUCAGUCUGUCUUUAAAGAGUUCAAGAUUUGAUGGUAAAUAUAUCUGAUACAUGUCCUCUUCAGCAUGCAUAUUUGGUUAUUGGCUUAAUAGUAGUAGUUAUACUAAAAGCCAAAAGAUUUGAUUGAUACAUUUAAUGUGAUAUUAACAGUCCUAAGGAAAACUGCCCGCUCUGCAUUCUAUGGGUGCACCUUGGCAAAUGACAGGACGGGAAUAGUCCCAUGUUAAAACCAUUUUUGAUCAGGAGCCCAUAUCUUCCUCUGAAUGGGGAUCUCUGUUCUGUAGCUAUUUCAGAGUUACAACUCCCAGAAUCCUUCCAGUACAGAAGACUUUUAUGGGGGAAUGUAAUAUUGGUCCAAAGUCCAAAUCCAAUACCAUGGCCAUGGAAGGGCAUACCUCAAUCCUCUCUGAUAGUCCUUCUAAUUCACUUAGCCUGAAGCCAUUUAGCAGAUGAAAAUUUUCGCUUUCCGGAAAACUGCUGGGUAUAGGAAAAAAAAUACCCCUAAUGCGUUGCUCUAUGUCCAUGACCGAGACCUCGCCCCAGUGCAGUUAAUAGGAUUUGUGGUAGGCGCAUGCGCAAAAUAACCAUCUUGUGACAACACUCUCUCUAUUAUGAGCAGGAUCACUUGCCGCAUGCGCAUUUGGUAUUGUGGCACCAUAAUGGAGGGAGAUUGAUGCUAAAUUUGAAUGCGGACUGCAGGAGCCAGGAGAAAAAUUGGAACAAACAAAGUUAGCGAUCAGGUAGAGGCAAGGGGGACUAUAAUACCAGGCUAAAUGUAAUGGAAGCCUUUCCUUGUCCUUUAAUGAAAAAGUUAUUACGUUUGCUCCAAAGGUUUACACCACCUUCAAGCUGGUGUUAAAGGUUUGCAAUGUGCAAUUAAAGGAGAACUCAACCCCCCCUUAACAUAAGCCCCCCCAAGCUUCCAGGCAUUGACCCCCUCCCCACUCCCUCCCCGCAAUGUGUUUUAGUGUAAAAUUGGUGUAAAACGCCAAUGCGAACAUGUGCAGAUGAAGCCGAUUCCUGACUUGGCCCAACUGUGCAUGCGCCGGAAGGCUUUAUGACGGCUAAGAAACCCAAAUAGUACACCAAGAUCUGCAAGAUGUUGACCAGGAGCUCUGCUGCGCUUCUCUGCAUUUAAGGGGGAGAAUUUUUUAAAGGGGUUUUAUUCACACUAAAGUAUAUUGCAGGGAGGUAUAUAGGCAAUGCCUGAAAGCUUAGGGGGGCUCAUGGUAGGUGCGGUUGACUUUUGAAGAUUUGGAAUGCAAUAAAAUCCUAAUGAAGAAUAUUACACUGCAACAUGCACAUUUUUAUUCCCAAAUUUGUUCUCUUUGCAAAUGUUAUAAUGUUUCCCCCAUAGAGCUGUAGUUCAGCAAUUGCUGAGUUUCUUAUAUUUUUAUUAGGAAUACAAGCAAUGUUUGGCUGCUGGUGGGAUUCUGGGAGUUGCCUUGCACUGGCCAGUUUGUAGGAAUCAUUGGGUUUGAAUGAUGGAUCCUUAUGUGCCAAAAGUGUUACUAUGUACAUACAUAUAAAAGAAACUGGAUAAUAUUAUAAGGUGAGAAAUCUGUAUGAAACCCCUUGGUGGGAAAGGGGAGGUAGUUAAAGAAUUAUGUAUGUAUUAAUAUAACAAAGUUUAUCCCAUUGUUAAAGGAAAAGAUGCCCUAGGAUUCCUUUAAAUAGUAGAUAGAUGUCGGUACAAUUAAUUUGCACUUGUUCUUGUCUUGGCAAUUAUAGUAACAGGUGGGAACUGCCAUAAUGCUUGUCCACUGACUGGUCUCCAUAGCAUGGCUUCCCAAGGCAGCUGCCAUUUACACAUGUGAAGAGCACGGAUUUAACAUACGCACAAUAAGUUGUAUUUCUUCUUAAAGUAAAUCAAUGUAAGUUCUAAGUGGGGUAUAUUUCCCUUUAACAUGUUCUAAGGAUUCAAGGCUGUAUAUCGGUAUAGAUAUAAAUCAGUGUACUAAAUGGCUGUUGAUCUUUUCUUUACUGAAACUGUGGAUUGUGUUGGGGCUGAGCAAGUGCCAAAGAGAUUCUAUUAUAAAAGUGGCCAUAGACAAUGCCAAUCUUUCCUGCAGUUCAUUUUCAUUACAGACAUUUAGAGCUAAAUUGUCAGAUAUACACAUAGAAACAAUAGAAUUCUACCUGCAUCUGAUGAUUCAGCAGUAAACCCUGGCCGAUAUUAGGGCUCCCAAUCAAACCCGAUCAGGAUCAAAGGUGCCCGAUCAAACUUGGACAAUCAUCAAGUUGACCAGUAUCCAAGUCUUUGGGGUGAUUGUAUAUCUAUUUGAAUAUAAUAUAUGGAAUUCCAUAUAUUAUAUGUAAAUUCCAUAUAUUAUAUGCAAAUAGAUAUACAAUCACCCCAAAGACUUGGAUACUGGUCAACUUGAUGAUUGUCCAAGUUAGAACAUUUUGUAUCGGUCGGCUCUUCUUCCCCCUAUACAUGCACUGAAUAUCGUACAAAAACGUUGUAAUAUCUGCAUGUCUAUGGCUACCUUUAGGGGCAUAUUUAUCAAGAAUCUAAUUUGUGAGUUGUAUGAGGGUUUUUCUACCUUGGAUAAACUCAAAUUUGGAAUGUUUGCAUGUUUAUGGCAAAAUUUAUGGCAAAAAUGAAAAACGGCGGGGAAAACUCGAAUGAUCGAGUUCACGACCCAAAAAAACUCAAAAUGAUAGAGUUUUCAGAUAAACACUGAAUUUUCCCAUUUGAAAUUUUCAAAUAUAGUUUGCUUACAGACUUUCGAGUUUUCGAAAAUAUUACUCGAAUGUAUUGAGUUUGGGUGCACAAAAAAAAAUUUACAUUGUGCAAAAAAAAUCACAUGAGAUUUUUGAUAGAUCUGCCCCUUUGGCGAUCUCAUUUUAAUGUGUGACUAUACACUAUAUAUAACUGGUCCUAAGAAAAUAAAGGAAUAUUCUCAUAAAAA